ACAUUUGCAAUAGUCAUACGAGAAAUUUUAGCUCUAUCAUUAUUCAUUGAAUAUAGUCGCUGUUCUCGCGCUUACAUCUAUAUUCAAGUUGACACGCGAAAUUGGACUGCACUAGAGUGCCGAUUGAAAACAGUCAAGUCAUAAAUACACAGUUCAACAACCGAAUUAGAUACAACAAAAGAACUUUUUUAAAUAAAUAAAAAUGUCAGCAAGGUAUGAUCGUGCAAUUACAGUAUUUUCACCUGAUGGUCAUUUACUCCAAGUUGAAUAUGCUCAAGAAGCUGUACGAAAAGGAUCCACAGCGGUUAGUGUUCGCGGCAAUGACGUUGUAGUACUUGGCGUGGAGAAAAAGUCAGUCGCUAAAUUACAAGAAGAACGUACAGUACGAAAAAUUUGUCUUCUCGAUGAUCAUGUAGUUAUGGCAUUUGCUGGUCUUACUGCUGAUGCUAGGGUACUCAUUAAUCGAGCUCAAAUUGAAUGUCAGAGUCAUAAAUUAACCGUUGAAGAUCCUGUUACACUCGAGUAUAUUACUCGUUACAUUGCAAGCUUGAAACAAAAAUACACUCAAAGUAAUGGUAGAAGACCUUUUGGUAUAUCUUGUCUUCUAGCAGGGUUUGAUUAUGAUGGAACACCACAUUUAUACCAAACAGAACCAUCCGGCAUUUAUCACGAAUGGAAAGCUAAUGCAACAGGACGUGCCGCUAAAACAGUCAAAGAAUUUCUAGAAAAAUAUUACACUCCAGAAGAAGUAGCAACUGAACGAGGUUCAAUAAAACUUGCUAUUCGAGCGUUACUCGAAGUCGUUACAUCUGGACAAAAGAAUUUAGAAAUAGCAAUUAUGCGUCGUGGAAAACCAAUGGAAAUGUUAGAUGUUGAUACUAUUGGUGAAUAUGUAACAGAAAUUGAAAAAGAGAAAGAAGCCGAAGCCGAAAAAAAGAAACAAAAAAAGUAACUGUAUCACGAUAAUAAUUACUUUAUUUUUUAAAAUAUAAUAAUUGCCUACAUUUA